ACAAAUAAUUGUAUUCUAAAAUAACUUUUUUAGCAAAGCCAAAAAAUCUAAAUAAAGGCGCGUGUGACGUCACAUGUGGGGUACAACACCAACAGAAGCAUAGUGCUAUGCUAUCAUCUCUGUUUCUUCUUCUUCAUACUCUCAAUUCUAUUCCAUACAACAAAUUAUUGCUGCUAUUCAACCAAACCACAACAAUGUCAUUUUCAAUUAUCACUUGUAAUUUUCCAGAAACUCCCAAAUUUCAAUUACUUACAAACCCUAAUUUCAUUCCUUCAACUAAAUCAACAACAACAACAACAAAACUACUUCCAAACCCUAAUUUCAUUCCUUCAACUAAAUCAACAACAACAACAAAGAUAUACUCUCAAUUGCAUCAUCAAGAUGACCAACACCAACACACUACUCUUGUUUCCUCAUUCAAUAAAUUGCUCCGUCAGAACAAGCCUAAACCAGAGACAAUCGUUUUUGGCAAAAUCUUAGGUUCUCUUGCCAAGCUGAAACACUACUCAACUGUUAUUUCACUUCAUCAACAGAUGGAAUUCAACGGAAUUGAGCCAAACAUAGUCACUUUCAACAUCUUGAUCAAUUGUUUUUCUCAAUUGGGUCAAAUUUCUCUUUCAUUUGCUGUAUUUGCCACUAUUCUCAAAAAGGGUUAUCACCCAGAUGCCAUAACCUUUAAUACACUCAUCAAAGGUUUUUGUCUCAAUGGUGAGAUCCAUAAAGCAUUCAACUUUCAUCACAACUUGGUUGCACACAUAUUUCAAUUGGAUGAAAAUAGCUACGCAACUUUGAUUAAUGGGUUAUGUGAAGUUGGAGAAAUUAACAAAGCUAAGGAUAUAUUCAACACUAUGGCUAAGAAUGGAGUGCCUCCUAAGGCUCGGAGCUACAAUGUCUUGAUUAAUGGAUUUUGUAAGCUUAAAAUGGUAGAUGAGGCCGUGAAUCUCUUCAAUCAAAUGCGUGGUAGAAUAAUUAUUCCGGAUGUGGUGACUUACACUUCACUUAUUGAUGGUUUGUGUAAAUCAGGAAGAAUCGAAAAGGCUUUGGAGCUUGUUGAUGAAAUGCGUCGUAGCAAAAUUAUUCCUAAUGUGGUGACUUACACUUCACUUAUUGGUGGUUUGUGUAAAUUAGGAAGAAUCGAAAAGGCUUUGGAGCUUGUCGAUGAAAUGCAUCGUAGAAAAAUUAUUCCUGAUGUGGUGACUUACAAUUCACUUAUUGAUGGUUCGUGUAAAUCAGGAAGAAUCGAAAAGGCUUUGGAGCUUGUUGAUCAAAUGCGUCGUAGCAAAAUUAUUCCUAAUGUGGUGACUUACACUUCACUUAUUGAUGGUUCGUGUAAAUCGGGAAGAAUCGAAAAGGCUUUGGAGCUUGUUGAUGAAAUGCGUCGUAGCAAAAUUAUUCCUAACGUGGUGACUUACAAUUCACUUAUUGAUGGUUCGUGUAAAUCGGGAAGAAUCGAAAAGGCUUUGGAGCUUGUCGAUGAAAUGCAUCGUAUCAAAAUUAUUCCUGAUGUGGUGACUUACAAUUCACUUAUUGAUGGUUUGUGUAAAUUAGGAAGAAUCGAAAAGGCUUUGGAGCUUGUCGAUGAAAUGCAUCGUAGCAAAGUUAUUCCUGAUGUGGUGACUUACAAUUCACUUAUUGAUGGUUUGUGUAAAUUAGGAAGAAUCGAAAAGGCUUUGGAGCUUGUCGUUGAAAUGCAUCGUAGCAAAAUUAUUCCUAAUGUGGUGACUUACAAUUCACUUAUUGAUGGUUUGUGUAAAUUAGGAAGAAUCGAAAAGGCUUUGGAGCUUGUUGAUCAAAUGCGUCGUAGCAAAAUUAUUCCUAAUGUGGUGACUUACAAUUCACUUAUUGAUGGUUUCUGUAAAUUAGGAAGAAUCGAAAAGGCUUUGGAGCUUGUCGAUGAAAUGCAUCGUAGCAAAAUUAUUCCUGAUGUGGUAACUUACAGCUCACUUAUUGAUGGUUUGUGUAAAUCGGGAAGAAUUGAAUAUGCUUUGGAGCUUGUCGAUGAAAUGCGUUGCAGAGAAGUUAUUCCGAAUGUGGUAACGUACAAUUCACUUAUUAAUUGUUUGUGCAAAUCUGGAAGAAUCAAAUAUGCAUUGGAGCUUGUCGAUGAAAUGCGUUGUAGAAAAAUUAUUCCUGAUGUGGUGACUUACAAUUCACUUAUUGAUGGUUUGUGCAAAUUGGGAAGAAUCAAAUAAGCUUUGGAGCUUGUCAAUGAAAUGCAUGAUAGAGGUCAACCGCCUGAUAUAUUUACUUACACUUCUAUAUUGGAUGCUUUGUUCAAAAACCAUCGUGUUGACGAGGCAAUUGCACUAUUAACCAAAAUUAUGGAGAAGGGUAUUCAGCCAAACAUGCAUUCUUAUCAAUGGAUUGUGUAUAGGUGGAAGAAUGGAGGAUGCAAGAAAGGUUUUUGAAGAUCUUUUGGUCAAAGGAUACGAUCUAAAUGUCUAUACAUAUACUGUUAUGAUCAAGGGAUUUUGCAACGACGGCUUGUUUGACGAAGCAUUGACCAUGCUAUCAAAAAUGGAAACCAAUGGUUGCAUUCCUAAUGAUAAAACUUAUGAAACAAUUAUUCUUUCCGUCUUUGAAAAAGGUGAAAAUGAUAAAGCAGAGAAACUUGUUCAUGAAAUGAUUGAGAGAGGUCUAUUAUAUGAUCAAAACUAGCGAGGUAUGGAAACAUGUUGUCCAGAAAGGAGACACGGUCAUCGAUGCCACAUGCGGUAAUGGUUUUUGACCCCUUAGCAUUGCUUAAUUUGGUUGCUGAUGAUGAUUCACAUAAUGGUUAUGUGUAAGCAUUGGACAUUCAGAAAGAUGCUUUAGAUAAGACUUCAUUGUUGCUGGAGGAAUCACUUGAUUCCAAUGAGGUGAGGCCUAUAAAGGAGUGAAGGUUUCAACUUUGAUUUGGUUAAGAAUUUUGAUUCCAUUUUUUUCUAUUUAUACAUUAAUAUUAUUUUCACUUUGUUUCAGCAUCAUUUCAUUUAUGUAGCUGCUUAACCUAAUGGGUAAAAAGGCUUUAGUUAUUGUUGUUUCUUUUGUUCAGUAUUUUUAUAAUUGACAAGGUAAUGAGUAGUGACUAGAGAGAGAUGGUAGGGAAAAGUUUGUUACGUAGUUGGGUAUGGAUAUUUUCCCUAAGGAGCAUAUGCUCUGGUCGUUGAUGUUCUUGUAUGAUAAGAACGAAUAAAUACACACUCUCGUUGCAUAUUUUUACAGGAUUGGUAGUGCAUAUUAUCCAUGCUCCUCGAUGAAAAUCGGAGACUUCUGUGUGCAUCAGUUAAAAAGACUGUUGGUGAGAGGACUCUUGGUGAUAUCAGAAAACACUACUACAGAAAAGCUCAAAAAGUUUGUCUCACUUUGAUUUUCAAUUUUUGUGUGGUUCUUUGUGUGGUUUUUUGGAUUACCACUUAACUUUUCUUGUAUUUCUGCUACCUUGUUGCGCACACCUUGUGUCAAUAUCGAGGUAAUUUAAUAUAUUAUUAACCUUUUUCCGAUUCAAAAAAAAAUAUUAAAUGUAUGCUGAUCAUGAAGAUUGUUUGCUGUAAUCUAGGUAUUGAUUCCAUUUAUGUAUUAUAUUGGCUCAAAAAACAUUUGUCACCGUUACUAUUAACUCAAUUUCAUGAAAAUUUAAGUCUGAGCUCUAUCUAAAUAAGCUGCAUACUUUUAGGCUUGUUGCCUUCAACUUAGGUUGCCUUCCGGCAGGCGACAAACAACUAAUAACAAGAUCAGAAACAACAUUACUGGCUUUGUAAGCUGCAAGAGGGCUCAUUAGUAUUGUAGUAUAUAUUGGGCACCCCGGUGGAAGGAGUCAGUCCCCCUGAUAUCCAGCAUAUUGACAGCAUGCAAUCAAGUUGUGAAGGUCUUUUGAGGACAGGCCUAUACUUCUCUGUUGACCUCUGAACCUAUUUGUGGUUAGGUUUUAGAGUUUAUGCAUCGUGCAGCUUCUGGAGCAAAUGAAAGAAAGGAAGAAAGAAAGACGUGUGCUGCAUUGAAUUCUGUAGAUGUUCUAUUAUAAGAUGUAUCAGAACCCCUUAGGAUUAGAGAUGCGGAUCCAAUCAACAUGAAACGUAGACUCGGCUGGACUUGAAUGCUUGGAGGUCUUACUGUCCAAUUCCAGAAUCUAUAAAAUGAUGAGAAAACAACAUGUUACAGAAUAAUAGAACUAUUAUGAGCUUCUUUCACUCGGUCAUGAUUAUGCACAAAUCGUCUAUUUUUCGUCUGGAGGAAUGCAGACUGUAACAGGUCUCUGCAGCAUGUUUAAAUGCAACAGACCUUUUCUCCUCAAGUUAUUUUGAGCAGAAAGUUGUUUGUGUGAAUAUCAUAGCUGUAUGUGGUGAGAUAGCAUUCCAGCAGGCUUUGUUAGUUUAGUUUCUUGUCACUAUGAAAAUGUAUUUCGUUACAAUGCUAUGUGAAAAUGUGGUAUAAUGUGUUUUCUUAUGCUCUGUAAUUGUAAAAAAAGAAAGGAGUGUAACCUUUUGUUGCUCUGAAAUUUGGUCAGAUAAGAACAAUCAUUUUCCCAUAAUUUAUCAAUUUUUUUAUUCCACUACUUGUA